AUGAAAAAUUACACAGAAGUAACAGAGUUUAUCCUCUUGGGAUUGUCAGAUGACCCAAAGCUUCAUGUUGUGAUUUUUCUUUUUCUGUUCGUCACCUACAUGCUCAGCAUCUCUGGGAACCUAACCAUUAUUACCCUCACCCUGCUGGAUUCCCACCUCCAGACGCCCAUGUAUUUCUUUCUCAGGAAUUUCUCCUUAUUAGAAGUUUCAUUCACAAGUGUCAGUAUACCCAAGUUCCUGGUCACAAUUAUUACAGGAGAUAAAACCAUUUCCUUUAAUGAUUGUAUGGCUCAAUUAUUUUUCUUCAUUCUCUUGGGAGUUACAGAGUUUAACCUUCUGGCUGCCAUGUCCUAUGACCGCUAUGUGGCCAUCUGCAAACCCCUGCAUUACACAACCAUCAUGAAUCAUAGAGUGUGCACACUGCUUGUCUUUAUUUCUUGGUUAGUUUCAUUCUUAAUAAUAUUCCCAUUACUUAUGCUAUUCAUCCAGCUUGAUUACUGCAAGUCCAAUGUUAUAGAACAUUUCACCUGUGAUUAUUUCCCCAUAUUACGUCUCUCUUGUUCAGACACAAAAUUACUAGAGGUAACAGGAUUUUCCUGUGCUGUGCUUGCUCUACUGUUCACUUUGGCAUUGAUAAUUCUGUCUUACAUAUAUAUCAUCAGAACAAUUUUGAGAAUUCCAUCUACUAGUCAGAGGACAAAGGCGUUUUCUACAUGUUCUUCCCACAUGAUUGUCAUCUCCAUCUCUUAUGGCAGCUGCAUUUUUAUGUACAUUAACCCAUCAGCAAAAGACAGGGUGUCUUUGAGCAAAGGAGUAGCUGUGUUAAAUACAUCAGUAGCUCCCAUGCUGAACCCUUUUAUAUACAGCCUAAGGAAUCAACAAGUCAAGCAAGCCUUCAUGGACAUGGCAAGGAAGAUUGCAUUUUUCUCAAGAAAAUGA